AUGGACCUCCGGGCGCGGAGUUCAGAGGGCCGCACGGGGGCGCUCUCGCUGCGGGACGGGGAGGCUGGGCUGGGACCGGGGAGGACUCAGCUGGGGCGGAGCGGACUUGGGGGCGGGAGACUUUGGGCGAGGCCGCGCUGUGGGCGGGACCAGGGCCUGCUAAACGCAGGAUGUACUAAGGGAGGAGUGGCUGGGACCCUUGCUGUCUUAAAGCCAGAAAGUGAAGAUGAAGAUGAAGGCCUGCUACAGGAUGAGGAGGAUGCCCUGCAGUAUGGCCAUUUUCUUAGCAGCACAAGUUGUUCAGUUCGAUUCUUAGACUCUGCAAUUAAAGACAACCUCAUGUUCACAAUAUACCAUGGCUUCAUCAUCAAGGAUGGCCCUCAUCACUACCUGAUGCCGUCCUGCAUAGCUGCGUGUUUGUUGAUGUGUCAUCUGUCUCCUCCAUUUGGAAACAAGUGCUAUGCAGGUCAGGGAGUGGAGUGUGCUCACUGCCAGCCCCUGGGCAGCACCUGCUCGUGCAGCCUCACUACUGGGAGAAGAACCGGCCCAAAGCUGAAGUCCAUGAAGUUGCUUGAGGUUCUGAAUGCUCUGGAGGAGGAGGAGUCUGGCCAGAGUAGGGAGGAUAUCUUCAUUGCACCGCCCAACAGUGCUUCAGGGGACUUCACUGAUGAGGACUCGGGUGAUGAAGAUGGCCGGCGAGGAACCCACCUGCCUGGCAAUGUGCUGCAUGCCUUUGUUGUGCCUGAGGACUCUGGCACCGGGGAGGAGGGUGAUGACCCGCAGCUGCAGCCAGCCAUGAAGAAGCAAAAGGCAGUAGUGGAACCUCAACGUGUUUGGACCAAAAGAGAUAUCUGCCCGGACUUCACCAGUUGGACAGCAUCAGAUCCUCAUAUGGAGGAUCUCAAAAGCCAGGAACUGAGUCCUGUAGGCCUCUUUGAAUUGUUUUUUGAUGAAGGAACAAUUAAUUUUAUUGUUAAUGAAACCAAUCGUUAUGCUUGGCAGAAGAACGUCAACCUGGGUCUCACAGCCCAGGAAUUGAAGUGUGUUUUGGGCAUUUUGAUUUUAAGUGGGUAUAUCUCCUAUCCAAGGAGAAGGAUGUUUUGGGAAACAUCCCCUGAUUCACAUCAUCAUCUUGUGGCUGAUGCAAUUAGAAGGGACAGAUUUGAACUGAUCUUCUCAUACCUGCAUUUUGCAGAUAACAAUGAGCUUGAUGAAAGUGAUAGGUUUGCCAAGGUGAGGCCUCUCAUUGUCCGCAUGAACUACAAUUUCCAGAAGCAUGCACCCUUGGAAGAGUUCUACAGCUUUGGCGAGUCUAUGUGUGAGUACUUUGGACACCGGGGGUCCAAGCAUCUGCCUGCGGGGAAACCUGUGCGGCUGGGCUACAAGAUCUGGUGUGGGACGACCAGCAGGGGCUAUUUGGUGUGGUUCGAGCCCUCACAGGGCACACUGUUCACCAAGCCAGACAGGGGCCUGGACCUAGGAGGCAGUAUGGUGGUGAAAUUUGUGGAUGCACUUCAGACACGUGGGUGUCUGCCAUACCACAUAUUUUUUGACAAGGUUUUUACAAGUGUCAAAUUGAUGUCCAUUUUAAGGAAGAAAGGAGUGAAGGCCACAGGAACUGUUCGUGAGUACAGAACUGAACGAUGUCCCCUUAAAGAUCCCAAAGAACUGAAGAGAAUGAAGAGGGGUUCGUUUGAUUACAAAGUUGAUGAGAGUGAGGAGAUCAUUGUGUGCCGCUGGCAUGAUAGCAGUGUGGUCAACAUCUGCUCCAACGCUGUGGGCAUAGAGCCAGCGGGGCUGACCAACCAUCACUCGGGAGCAGCCAAGACGCAGGCCCAGGUUCAUCAGCCAUCCCUGCUGAGGCUGUACCAGGAGAAGGUCGGGGGUGUCGGCCGCAUGGACCAGAACAUCGCCAAGUACAAGGUGAAGAUCCGGGGUAUGAAGUGGUACUCGAGUUUCAUUGGCUAUGUUAUUGACGCUGCUCUUAACAAUGCAUGGCAGCUGCACAGGAUAUGCUGCCAUGAUGCCCAGGUGGACCUUCUGGCCUUCCGGAGAUAUGUGGCCUGCGUGUACCUAGAGAGCAACGCGGAUACAUCAUCCCAGGGGAGGCGAAGCAGGCGGCUGGAAACCGAGAGCCGCUUUGACAUGAUUGGGCACUGGAUCAUCCACCAGGACAAGAGGACCCGGUGUGCCCUGUGCCACUCACAGACCAACACCCGCUGUGAGAAGUGCCAGAAGGGCGUCCAUGCCAAGUGCUUCAGGGCGUACCACAUCCGGUAA